CCACAGCAAAACACACAGGAGAUUUAUCCUAUCAGCAGCACUGCUUACAUUAGAGAAGAUGAGAGAUACUCUGGUUGAGAAAGACAUGGCAUGCUCAGCUUGUUUGAGGAAUUCUGAACUGGCCAGCGAGCAGAAAGGAAUCACAAGAAAGAACAAUUGGAGAUCGAGAUUGGGAAAUUUUCUUACAAAACCAGAAAGGACGCAGAGAAAGCUGCACAGACCAACCCCUGAUGACGUGAACCAGUGGGCAGAGUCUAUGGAGUAUCUAAUGAACAGCAAAUAUGGAAUGAUCGCUUUCAGACUGUUCAUGAAGUCUGAAUACUGUGAGGAGAACAUCGAGUUUUGGUUGACCUGCGAAGAGUUUCGACAGAUCAAGUCACUAGCAAAGCGAAAAGCCAGAGCCAGAGCCAUUUAUGACAAAUUCAUCAAGAGUCAGUCGCCGAAAGAGAUAAACUUGGACUAUCUCACAAAAGAUGCAAUCUUCAAAAGCCUCCACUCUUCAACACAGACUAUCUUUACUGCAGCGCAGAAUAAAGUGUACUCCCUGAUGGAAAACAACACUUAUCCUCGAUUCCUCCAGUCGCAACUCUACGCUCAGCUGUGUCAGCUCGCACAGGGAAAGUGCAGAGAAUGUGCAUACCUGGAGUAAAAAAAAAAAAAACUUUAAAAUGUUUCAUCUGUUUUAAAACUACACACAUUUGUGUGUCAAACACAUUGUGCAAACUAGGAUGUGUAAGACUCAAAACUCAAACUUCUUACAUUUGGGGGUACGGGUCUAGACCAAUGACAAAAACAUGUCUUUGAAUGUGCAAUAGAGUAUUUAAAGUUGUUUUUGGAUGUAUGGGGUGGAAAAUGCUCAGAUGUUGAUUUACAAGCCUAUGUACAACCCACUUGUUUUGGCCUCACACACUGUUUUCCUUUUAUGGUGGCCUACAUAAUUGAAAUGGCGUAGCAAAACCUAGCAUAGCCUAAUGUAGCCUAGCAUUGCUCAGCAUUGCAUGCUAGCAGAAGAGACUGUUGCCAGUCAGCCAACUAGUAGACAUUUCAGGCCCUAGAGGUUUCUUUCUACUGGAAAAAAGCAUCUGUGCUUUUCAGUCUUGAUAAUAAUAUUAUUGUGUUUAGCCUCAAAUGCUUUUGAAUGUUGAUAAGUUUGCAGAUGAUUUUAAAGGUUAGCAUUUUGCAUUUCGCAAGUGCUUCGGUUAUGAGGGAGAUUUUUUUUUUGUUAUGAAUGAAGAGCCAACAGUGUUGGAAGUUCAUAGUGUGUCAAUUCCAUGAACUUAACUUUAUUUUGUUAACAUUUAUUUAACUCUGCCAAGGUAAAUACUGACUUCCAUUCUUGGACCACUUUAAGAACCACUGCUCCAAAGAGUGCCCUCCUUUCAGGCACCUUUUUGAAAAUGUAAAACACACACAAGUAUGUAUAUAACAGUUGUAAAUAUUUGUAAAGUAUUAUUUUGUUUGACCAUAUACUUUUGGCUGGUUCAAAAAAGUAUAUGAACUUUUUUUCUAAUGUGAAAAUUAUAUUUUUCAUUAAUAAAAAUGUUUUUUUUUUUUUUUAUAAAAAAGUGUGUUGCUUGGUUGUUUGGAUAUUAAGGGGACACUGAGAGUACUUCAGUUUAUUUCUGAAAAAUAUGAACAUGCACUCCAUACUGAAUACUGAUAUUAGGAGUGGGAGGGUUUAGGGGUGUGCCAUUUCGUAUCGUACACGAUAAUAUCGCCAAAAUCUUUCAAUAUCGUGUACGAUAUUAUACCCUGAAAUAUUGUGCCAUGUCACCCACCCCUAAUCAUCACAUCAGGGUUCUACUUUUUUGCUGUUAGCAAAAGAAAAAUUCACACUAUUCUCAUUUCCCAUUUUAUAUUUACUAGAGACAGAUUAUAUCUGUCCAGUAUCAUUUAUUUUACUUUAAUCCUGGAUAUUUGGAGAUAUGUAGAACGCAUUAUUAGUACC